UGUCUGCUUCUUCCUGUUGCAGCAGCUGGCUCCGGCACAGGAGACAAGACAGCAGGUAGCUGGUAGAAUUUGUCACCAAAGACCAGAAAUAUGCACUGUGCCAUCUUAAAGGCAGAAGCACUGGAUGGGGCUCACCUGAUGCAGAUCUUUUGGCACGAUGGGGCAGAGUCCCUCUACCCAGCAGUAUGGCUGAGAGACAACUGUCAGUGUUCGGACUGCUAUCUGCAUUCUGCAAAAGCUCGGAAACUACUCCUGGAAGCUCUUGAUGUGAACAUUAGAAUGGAUGACUUGACAUUUGACCAGAAAAAGGUUUAUAUCACUUGGCCCAAUGGCCAUUACAGUGAAUUUGAAGCUAAUUGGCUGAAGAAAAGGUGCUUUUCUCAGGAGGCCAGAGCAAGGCUCCAAGGAGAAUUGUUUUUACCAGAAUGUCAGUACUGGGGCUCAGAGCUCCAGCUGCCAACUCUGAACUUUGAAGAUGUGUUAAAUGAUGAUGACCAUGCAUACAAAUGGCUUUCUAGUCUCAAGAAAGUAGGCAUUGUGAGACUCACUGGAGCAGCUGACAAACGUGGCGAGAUCAUAAAACUUGGGAAAAGAAUUGGCUUCCUGUACCUCACAUUUUAUGGACACACUUGGCAAGUGCAGGACAAGAUUGAUGCCAACAAUGUGGCUUACACAACUGGGAAGCUCAGCUUCCACACAGACUACCCAGCCCUCCACCAUCCACCUGGGGUUCAGCUUCUGCACUGUAUCAAGCAAACAGUCACAGGAGGUGACUCUGAAAUCGUAGAUGGGUUUAAUGUGUGCCAAAAGCUCAAGGAGAAGAACCCCCAGGCUUUUUCUAUUCUCUCCUCCACCUUUGUGGAUUUUACAGACAUCGGAGUGGAUUACUGUGAUUUCUCUGUGCAGUCUAAACACAAGAUUAUAGAGGUGGAUGAUAAAGGCCAAGUGGUUCGCAUCAACUUCAACAAUGCAACCAGAGAUACAGUCUUCGAUGUCCCCAUUGAAAGAGUUCAGCCUUUCUACGCUGCUCUGAAGGAGUUUGUUGACCUCAUGAACAGCAAAGAAUACAAGUACACCUUCAAGAUGAAUCCAGGUGAUGUGAUUACCUUUGACAACUGGCGCUUGCUUCAUGGACGUCGCAGCUAUGAAGCAGGAACUGAGAUAUCCCGCCAUCUGGAAGGAGCUUAUGCUGACUGGGAUGUAGUGAUGUCAAGGCUUCGUAUUCUGAGACAGAGAGUCAUGAAUGGGAACUGAAUAUCCUGGCCUUAAACUGUAGUGCACGUCCAACGACUGAAUGUUGUUAUCUAUAGCCUGGCUAUUCUCAUAUCAUGAUCAAUAGCAUUCACAUAAUAAUUUCUUUAAAACUGAACAUGCAGCUUCUCUCAUCAGAGUCUUCUUCCUUGUAAUCUCAUUCGAUAUCACUUAUUAAACGUCAUGGUAAGGAGCAGUCUCAAAGCAUCCCUUCUGCCGCAUGUAUUCUCUGACUUUGCAUUAGUGAGUAUUAUCUAACAAACCUUUCUGGCAAAUAAAACUUUUUUAUGCAUGAAUAAAGCUUAUGUUUCAAAUAGAAGAUCUUAAAAUAUGUUCCUCCUCAGUUGCCUACAUGGUCUCAUUGUUCAUGACUGCAUAUCAUUAGCACACUUCAAAGGGUGUUCAUAUUUUCGAAGAUCUGGGUUUUUUUUUUCUAUAUUGCAGGACAUUUUUGUACAUGCUUAGAGACCUCAUUCAGUUGAUAAUCCCAACAUUGUUUGUCAUCCUUAAAUCAUGAGAGUAAACCCAAGUAUGACAAAUUAAGAGAAAACUCUAGUCUUUCUAAAUUUGUCUUGUCUAAAAAAUAUGUUCCCAUAGACUGCCAGCAUUGCUCUCACCUAAGGACGAACCACUCCUCCUCAUUCCUUGUCUUCAACUCAUGCAUUUGUAAAUGAUGCUGGCAACCUACAUGAACGGACAAUAUUGUCUUCUUGCCUCUGGACAGCCUUACCAGCUGGUCUCAUCUUUCUGUAUGGCCACACCCCUAGUGAUGGAACUUAGGUAUCAUAGCACAACGUGAUGUUGUAGUCUGUUGAGCCUCCCAUACCAAUGAGAAAAGAAGCUUUGGAAUUCCAGUUUGCUGAGAUUCUGGUAGUACCUUCAUAUUUCAUGUUGUAGACAUUUGAAACUGUGUAAACUUUAUUUUUCUAGAAAUCUUUAACUUCAGUUAGCAUGCAAAGGAGGGGCUUUCAUUGUGGUAACAUCAUCUUAAUACAUGGUUAUCCUUACUUGCUUUCUUCAAUGUCUUGUCUCAUCUUCAUCUUGAUGUUUAAGGUUCUUAGCACUACGCUAAGAAUGGCAAGAGUGAUCACAUUCACCUCAUUUCUGACUUUAGAGGGAAAUCUCUGUCUUUCUUCAUUAAGUAUGAUGUCAUUUACAGGUUCAUCAUAUCUAGCCUUUAAUAUGUAGAGACAUUUUUCUUCUCCUAGUUUCUUCCAACAUUUUAUCCUGAGGGAAAACAUGGGCUUUUUCUAACUAUAUUAAGAUGAUCAUGUGAUUUCUGCCAUAACUCAUAUGUGUGCUGUAUUAACAUUUAUCAAAUUGUAUAUGUUGGAGCAUCGUGGUAUCCCACAAUAAAACCAAUUUUGUCCUCAUGUA